UUGGCAUCCAUUUCUACAGAGAGAGAGAGAGAGAGAGGGAGAGAGAGAGAGGGAGAGAGAGAGAGGAGCAGGUGGGUGGCGGUAAUGGAUGUGAGGAGAAUAGCAGUAGUAGUUGAAGACGUGGAAGCAGCAAGAACUGCUCUGAGAUGGGCGCUCCACAACCUGGUUAGGUUUGGAGACUGGAUAACUCUGGUCCAUGUGUUUCCAGCCCCAAGAUCCAGAAACAGGAACAAAUCCAGGCUUCUCCGUUUGAAAGGCUUCCAGUUGACCCUCUCCUUCAAAGAAAUCUGCAGCACCUUCCCCAACACCAAGGUUGAAAUGAUUGUCACAGAAGGUGAUCAAGAUGGGAAGAAGAUUGCAGCUUUGGUCAGAGAGAUUGGGGCUUCCACUCUUGUUCUUGGACUCCAUGAUCACAGCUUUCUCUACAGGUUGGCAAUGUCCCACAGCAGCACUAGUAUUGCAAACAACUUGAACUGCAAAGUCCUGGCCAUCAAGCAACCACCGCCUUCCUCAUCACCAUUAAGUAGCAAGAGGAGGACCAGCAGUACUAACACCAAUGGAGCUGUCACACAAGCCCUCCUCGACAGUUCAACCAACAUGGACUUUUCACAGAUCGACAUUGGUGGACUACGUGUCCCCGAUGUUCCUCCACCAAAAGUUCCAUACAGAAUCUGCCCAAACCCUUAUGCGAUCAUCUGGAAAUCAAGGAAGUCAAGGAGAAGGAGAAAUACAUAGUUCAUCAAAGAGAGCUCAAAUAUGUACACAUUUCUUUUCAAAUGCACAGCAGCAGGUUCAGCUGAUUGAGCCAUUUUGGGCACGACACGAUUGGGCAUGGCAUGGCAUUGUUUUUUUUCUGUUGACUUCGAAUAUAUGAGAGAGACUUACAUGGACCGUUCGUGAUGCUAUCGUGACAUGCUGAGAAGCGCAUGUAAAUUCUUCCCCACAGACCGACCCACACACAAAUUUAUAAACGAAUUAGGUUUAAGUGGAGCUGACACGAUCAUGAUGAAGUAAUUUUUUUCUGGUUUUCAAUAAAAUCUAAUUAACGUCAA